GGCUUUCACUAGCUAUUGAGAACCAUGUCUGACAACGGAGAACUGGAAGACAAACCACCAGCUCCUCCUGUCCGGAUGAGCAGUGUCAUCUUCAGUUCAGGGGGCAAAGAUCCUUUGGCCGCCAACCACAGCUUGAAACCCCUGCCCUCUGUCCCAGAAGAGAGAAAACCUAGGUCGAAAAUCAUCUCCAUAUUCUAUAGCAAUGAAAAAGGAAGCAAGAAGAAAGAAAAGGAGCGGCCAGAAAUCUCCCCGCCGUCGGAUUUUGAACAUACCAUCCAUGUUGGCUUUGAUGCUGUCACUGGAGAGUUCACGGGAAUGCCAGAACAAUGGGCUCGGUUGCUUCAGACCUCAAAUAUCACCAAGCUAGAACAGAAGAAGAACCCCCAGGCAGUACUGGAUGUGCUGAAAUUCUAUGACUCCAAAGACACAGCAAAACAGAAAUAUCUGAGUUUUUCUGCUCCAGAAAAAGAUGGUUUCCCUUCAGGAAUGCCAACGACCAAUGCCAAAGGUUCAGAACCAUCAACAACUGUGGCAGAUGAGGAUGAGGAUGAUGAAGAAGCUCCUCCUCCUGUGAUUGCUCCACGGCCAGAUCACACAAAAUCGAUUUAUACCCGCUCUGUGAUUGACCCCAUCCCUGCCCCAGCUGGUGACUCCUGUGCUGACAGCGCCACGAAAUCGGGGGAUAAGCAGAAAAAGAAGACCAAGAUGUCAGAUGAAGACAUCAUGGAAAAACUACGCACUAUUGUAAGCAUAGGAGAUCCCAAGAAAAAAUACACCAGAUAUGAAAAAAUCGGGCAGGGGGCUUCAGGUACAGUUUUCACAGCUAUUGAUGUGGCAACAGGGCAGGAGGUGGCUAUUAAACAGAUCAACCUGCAGAAACAGCCCAAGAAGGAGCUGAUUAUUAACGAGAUCUUGGUAAUGAAGGAGCUAAAGAACCCCAACAUAGUCAACUUCUUGGACAGUUACCUCGUAGGAGAUGAGUUGUUUGUGGUGAUGGAGUAUCUGGCUGGUGGCUCUCUAACAGAUGUGGUCACAGAAACAUGUAUGGAUGAGGCACAGAUUGCUGCUGUCUGCAGGGAGUGCUUGCAAGCACUUGAGUUCCUCCAUGCCAACCAGGUCAUCCACAGAGACAUUAAGAGUGACAAUGUGCUCUUGGGAAUGGAUGGAUCAGUUAAAUUAACCGACUUUGGUUUCUGUGCUCAGAUCACCCCUGAGCAGAGCAAGCGCAGCACCAUGGUGGGAACUCCGUACUGGAUGGCUCCAGAGGUGGUCACACGGAAAGCAUAUGGCCCCAAAGUGGAUAUCUGGUCUCUGGGCAUCAUGGCUAUUGAGAUGGUGGAAGGAGAACCCCCAUACCUCAAUGAAAACCCCCUGAGGGCUUUAUAUUUGAUAGCAACUAAUGGCACACCAGAACUCCAGAACCCCGAGAAACUGUCCCCAAUAUUCCGGGAUUUCUUGAACCGAUGUUUGGAGAUGGAUGUAGAGAAAAGAGGAUCAGCCAAAGAAUUGCUACAGCAUCCCUUCUUGAAACUGGCCAAACCUCUGUCCAGCUUGACGCCACUGAUCUUGGCAGCCAAAGAAGCAAUGAAGAGUAACCGCUAACAUCCUGCCACAGCCUUCCUCCUUUUUUUGUUUGUUUGUAUUUUACAAAUCUUUAUAAUAUAUGAAAUUGUUACACUUCAGUGGGGAGGGAAGGGAUUUUGGUGGGGGGGGAGGAGGGUGGGAAACGUCUACAGAAGGGAAGAAACUCUCAUCCAGAAGACACCCAAAAUACAUUGUGGCGACUCUAGCGAUCCCGGUCUGGGGUCCAGAAGGAAUUGAGGACUGAAUUACUGGCCUUUAGUUGUGUUUUAUUCUGAUUUUUUUUUUUUUUUUUCCCAGACAGCCCAGAAAUGCCACUUACUGUGCCCGGGGCGUUAAGGGUUUUUAACGACUUCGCUGUAACAGCUCCUGUUCGUUGUACCCUCUGGGUACUUUCAAUACUUGAAUGACAGGUUCAAGCUUUCAGAGAGCAGUACUAAUUUUACCUGCUGAUCUCUUUGACUCUCCUCUUCCUCCCCUCUACCUGUUGGCUUCUAAAUCCCUCUGGUAAAGCUCCCCCAUGACGAGAUUCACGGCAGGUGUGGCGAAUGUGAAGGUACAUCUUGCCCCUCAUUUCUUUUACGGACAAGCUGUUGCUGCACUGUAGAAUUGACAACUUGGCUACUUAGGGAGUCGUAAUGCAUGGAGAUGUUUUUCACUUUCUAAGAUGAAUAAGGAGAGGGGGGGAGGAGAAGUGUUCAGCUUUUUCUUAUGCCUGUGCUCUGUGGACUUUUUUUUAAUCAAAAACGUGGGCUCUUUGUAGAACCGUAAUGAUCGGUCAAGUCUUUUGAUGUGGGUUAUGGAUAUGUAGGUUGGGGUCAGAUACUUUAUUUAUGAUCAAAUGAUCAGUUCUAGUCAGGGCAAGAAAAAAUUCCAGCUGUCUUCCUUGUGUGCUCUUUUUUCCCUGUUAGACUUGCUGGCCAGAAGCUUAAGGGUUAACGUGCUUGGUGCGGUGGGUGGUUUAAAAACAUGUAUCUAUGCUCUGACUUGGGCUUUGGAAGUUAUGCUGGUGCCUUUGACUUUUUUAUUUUACAUUUCCCUUUUUUGUAUCAAAUACAUUUUUGUAUAUGUUGUAAUUUUUUCCCCCAAGCGAAUAAUGCAUCAACCUAUGGAGUUGUCAGAGUUUAAGUAUUAGAGCUAUUUUUUCCAGUUUUGUAUGUGCUCCAUUUGUACUAACGAAACCAGAAGAACAAGUAACCAGAUCUGAGGACACUGAAGAUACAGGAUUUUUAAACUAUGAUCCAAACAGAAGAUGAUGAACACCUGGAGAUGCCAAAGCACUGUUCUGAGGUGGAAGCUGAGGGGAGGACAGUGCUGAGGGGACGUGUCACAUUGAUCCUUCUCACUAAAGACGUUGUGCCAGCCAGGACGGCUGCAGUGAACCCUUCAAUGCAAGAAAAAGUGCCUCCUUUUGAAGGACAGUGAGAACCAGAGUGGUUGAGUUCUUGGGGUGCUGCCAGGGGCGAGUGUAGCAGAGCCUGUGCCCCUGGCUCCUUUGAGUGCUACAGUCUAUGCAUUUCAACCUCCCCGAGUGUUUGAGGAAGAGCCAACUGUAGUAACAAUGUGCCAAAUAAGUCUGUGAAAGAACAACCAUGCCUUUAGUGGGAUUUUAUUGCAUUCCCAGUGGGGCAGGGCCUGGGACAGACAGAGUUAUGGUUGGGUAUGGACAGAGGACCCUGAAUAAAAACCUUUUUGCACACUUUUCCAAACAUUGCUGGCAGGGGAUAGAAGUCAUAUUCAGAGAAUAUCAGUACCUGUAUAGAGAUAAUGACAUUUUGAGGACUGGUAGCCAAGGUAUGACAAAACCAACUUCCAGCUGAGAGCAGCCAGCCAGGACAGUGGAGGCUGUUUGGGGUGAUGAUGGAGGGGAGCAGGGCUGGGGUCUCACAGCAUCUGCUGGGACUCAGGAGCUCCUGGGGAUUGUGUGGUGCCAGCAGAGUGCCUUGCUGGGCAGGUUCAGCUUGUGUCCUGCUCCUGUGUGGUAGUUAAAAUCCAUGUUGGGUGAAAUAUCUUAACUGUUCCAUCACAGGGAUAGAUCCCUCUAGCUGUGAGUGUAAGAAUAUGGCUUUAAAUUUUAAAUUCAAGGAGGUGUCUCAUUCCAGCCAAGGAAAUCCAGAUGCAUUUCCCAGGGGAAAAAAAAUUAUUGGGAGCCAGGGACACUGUAAUCACCCCAGGUUGAGUGUAUCUGGCUCCCUGGUCAAAUGGAGCAGCAAGGAGGCUUGGCUGAGGAAAAAACAUGUUGUACCAAUGGUUCCCUCUUUGUCCGUUGCUGGCAAUGGACUUGGUAAAACUCCUUGUGCCAGACUUAAACUGGGAGCUUUUCUUUCUUUCCUCUUUUUUUUUUUUUUUUAAAUGACACAAUCUAUAUAAAUUUAGCUUUUCUUUUUUUAAUAGAAAGAGAACAAGAAAUCGUAAGUAAUUUUAACUUAUUAGUUCACUUUUAUCGAUGAAAGAGAAUGGUUUGAAAUAUAUGUUACAAAAAUUCGUUCAAUUUAGUCCAUUUUGGAGAUGAUUUCUGAAGUUUCAGCCACCUUAGCACACAAAACUUGGCCCAAUCCCAAAGUUCCCAAAUAGUGUGUGUGACCUGGGAAGGUGUUUAGCUCUGAGGCUGAGAAGUGUCAGCAUCUCCCUCUCCCCAUGCAGCACGGUUGGUAUGUGGUGAGGUUUCUCUUGGGGAUCAGAGGUGGAGCUGGCAGGAGAGGAGAGCCAGGAGAAGGUUUUUGUGCUGUGCUUUGGUGUCUUGGUGGGUCGGGCAUCGCUUUUCCAGCGGUGUCACCUGGAUGUGUGUGCCAGGUUAAAACUGCAAGCCGUGGUUUUUUCCCUGGUGGGAGUAGGUUGGAGUCCUUAAGGCUUGGUGCAGGGCUGGGCAGCUCUGCUUUGUCUGUCACUGGGGCAGGUGGAGACCAGCCAGAGCUUGAGGAGGUGAUGGGAAGGGACAGAUUGCAUCCCAACGUGGGCAUUCCCAUGCCUCUCUCCUGGGUGCCCACAUGAGAUCCUGAGUCAGGAUCAAAUGUGCACAUGAUCCGUCUGAAGUGUCCCGUGUGGUCAGUGGGGCAGCUUUUGGCUGAGAUGCAGUGUGCAGGGAAUGUGAGACUCCUGGGACUUUCUUGUGAUCAUAGAAUAAACCAGAUUUCUCUUUAAAAACAACCAUGGGAAUGUGCACUUUGCCCUAAUGAGACUAAUUGGAGCUUCCCCCCGGCUCUCCGUGCAGGGAGGUGCGAGGGUUUGGCUAAAGCAGAUGGGUCCCAUUGUCAGAGGGGCUGGGGAGGGACAAGGAAGCAGUUAAGGGUCUCUCCAGCUGGAAUUGAGUCCAUAAAUCUCUCUGGUCUGUUUUUCCCUCUGUUCCUUACGCUGUCGAUGGAAAUGGAAGUAGGUGCAAGCUUUCUUUUUAUUUUUUUAACUGUCUUCAGAUGUUAAUGUUGCCUUUUUGUGUAAUUUAAUCCCAUUAUGUUAUUUAAUUGUUACUGCAAUAUUAACUACUGUAUUUGUUGACUUUGUUUAAUAACUGUUCUUUCAGGGCUAGAAAUAAACUUUUAAAAAACA